AUGCGGGGCGGGGCAAUGAAGGCCCUGCGGCGAUCCAGCACCUCCUCGGCGCCGUCGCCGAGGGUGCCGUCUUCCCCGCGGUCGUACUCGUGGAUCCACCGCAGGUCGCUCCCCGUUACCUCGUCGGCCUCGCCGGCGACGUCCUCUUUGUCUGCUUCGGCGAAUUCGGCCGCGGAGGGUUCGGAUUCAGCGCCAGCGUCAGUGGUGGCAGCUUCCUCGUCGCCCUCGCUGGCUCCUUCGUCUCCGAACAUGGACCGGGGUGGAAUUAAAUCUCCAUGGUCUCGAAGAAAAAGGAAACGAGCACUUACUUGUCAACACUGGAAUCGUCUAUUUUCAGCAAAUGGGAAGCUUCGUGAUGGGGGAAGAGAGUUUCUAAAGAAGGUUCGCAGUGGGGGGAUUGAACCGGGCAUAAGGGCUGAAGUUUGGCCAUUUCUGCUUGGAGUCUAUGAUUUGAACAGCUCUGAAGAGGACAGGGAUACUAUCAAGAUAAAGAAAAGGAAAGAAUAUGAAAAACUGAGGCGACAGUGCCACCGCGUUCUGCAUUGUAAUAGAGGAAAUGGCCUGAAUGUUAUAAAUGAGUUCAUGAAUGAGGACUUUUCUGAUGGGGCUGAAGGUUCAGAGUCACCAUAUUCAAAUGGUGUUAGUAAGAGGGCUUGUGUGAUGCCCAAAGAAUUGAAAUCUUUAGGCAGUAAGGCAGAAGAAUCAGAGAGUUCUAACUGGGAUGCUGUGGAAUGCAUAGAUGAAGAUACAAGUGAGUUAACUUAUGUUGAUCCAUGUAUGGUAGAAUCAGAAUCUUCUGAAUCUGAGUCUUCCUGUGAAGAGGACCCUGAUAGAACACCCGUGUCUACCAAUAUGGAAGAGAACUGUGAUCCCAAACCAAAAUUUGUCCGGACCGCUUCAUCUAAGUCAGACAUUUUUAUUUCAGACAGAACUCCUGAGGAUUUUGCCUCAUGGCAGCGCAUUAUACGUGUUGAUGCUAUUCGAGCAAAUACAGAAUGGGUUCUAUUUGCCCGUAACCAGGCUGAAGUCUCUAAAGAGAAAGCACUGCAGUCUGCAAUAUCUGUUGGGUUGAAAGAUUUUGACCACUUGGAGCCUUACAUGAUUUAUCAUGCUGCACGAUUAGUUGCACUGCUUGAGGCAUAUGCACUCUAUGAUCCAGAGAUAGGGUACUGUCAAGGAAUGAGCGAUCUCUUGUCACCAAUAAUUGCAGUCAUGGAGGAAGAUCAUGAAGCAUUUUGGUGCUUUGUGGGUUUCAUGAAGAAAGCCAGACACAACUUCAGGCUUGAUGAGGUUGGAAUAAGAAGACAGCUGAAAACCGUCUCGCAGAUCAUCAAGCGCAAGGACUCGCACCUCUAUAGGCAUCUGCAGAAACUUCAGGCCGAAGACUGCUUCUUUCUGUACCGAAUGGUGGUGGUUCUCUUCAGGAGGGAGCUCACUUUUGAGCAGACUAUGUGUCUGUGGGAGGUUAUGUGGGCUGACCAGGCCGCAAUUCGAGCUGGGAUUGGAAGGUCCACUUGGGCAAGGAUAAGGCUUCAUGCCCCGCCAACAGAUGACUUGCUGCUCUAUGCUAUCGCAGCCUGUGUCUUGCAGAGGAGGAAACUCAUAAUCGAGAAGUACAGCAGCAUGGAUGAGAUACUGCGGGAGUGUAAUAGCAUGGCGGGGCAGCUAGAUGUUUGGAAGCUCCUAGAUGAUGCACACCACUUGGUUGUUGACCUUCAUGACAAAAUCUGA